AUUUAUCCGAGGAGGAAAUAAGUUUGGUCGUGCCUUCUGUUGAAGUGGAGGGGCCAAACUGAGAGAGGAGCGCACCAACUUACCUGCGUGCAGCCGGAAAGGUUGAGGUGGAUGAGAUUGCGGCAGCCCUUCCCUGUGGUCAGGGUAAACAGCAGCUGUGUUCUGUCAGCAUUAACUCUGUUGCCCUUUGACUUAUUGCUUCUGCAUCCAGGCCUGAAGACGUGUACAGUACAAACGCCUACUUUGGCUCUAGCUCACCACCCCUGCACAGCUCAGGAUGCAUGUCAUCCCGUCUCUACUCUUUGCCAGCCUGCUCGUCCUCCUGCUGCUCCUUCCAUCCACCGAGAUGAAAAAACCAGGGAAGGGCAGAGGCCUUAGAGGAGCGAGAAACAAACUUACACAGGGCAGAGUCAGGGCAAGAAGUGUUGGACGUCACAGCAGAUCUGGCCCCUUCAGACCUGUGUCAUCUAACUGUUCGGAGUCGACAGAAUCUGGAGAUAUGUUUGUGGAUUGUCAGGACCAACAACUCAUCUCCAUUCCCGCCUCUAAGACCUGGACCCAAGAGCCCAAGCACCUACUUCUCGCCCGCAAUCAGAUCAAAAUCCUCCGUGAUGGAGCCUUCACUGGAUACGGGAGUUUAAUCAGCCUGGAUCUGCAGCAGAACCAGAUCUCUCUGGUGGAGGACGGGGCCUUUGAUGGCCUGACGCAAAUUACAACCCUGCUGCUGCAGCACAACCACCUAGGAACACUAAGUGAGGAGGCUCUCAUCCCGAUGCCAAAUCUUCGCUACUUGCGCUUAUAUGACAAUCCCUGGAUCUGUCUCUGCCCAAUGGAAAGUCUCAUACGCACUCUUCAGGUCCCAAGCAACCGUAAUCUGGGAAACCACGCCAGAUGUGCAGAGCCCAUCAGGCAAAAAAACAUGAAGUUGAAGAAGGUUGACGCAGAGUCACUCUGUAACGAGCCUGAUGAAGCCGGUGACUCACAGAGUGACCAAACAGAUCCCUUCAUAGGCCCUCUUCCAAUACUUGGCAAACAAGACGCUACCACGGUCUGCCAUACCUACCUUUUCCCCCAGGUACGGAUGGACUGCAGUAAUCGAGGUCUAAAGGAGGUGCCCACAGGUAUUCCAGACGAUGUUGUUCUGGUCGACCUGUCUCAUAAUGCAAUCCGUCAUCUCAAAGCCAGAGACUUCCAGGGAGCAAGGGGCCUCAGAACCCUAAAGCUCAAUAAUAACAACAUGGAGCACAUCGACACAGGUUCCUUGUCUGGACUUUUGCACCUUCAUGAGCUGGACUUGUCAGACAAUAGUCUACAUUUUGUUCAGUACGGGGUUCUUGAAGACCUCUACUUCCUGUCACGGCUAAAACUGGGAGGAAACCCCUGGAUUUGCAACUAUAGCAUCCACUACAUGGUGUACUGGCUACGUCUGCACCCAGGAGUGAGGCACUCCGGCCUGCUGUGUCACUCUCCCCUCGAUCACGCAGGGGACAGCGUGGAGGAGUAUGUGAAUGCCUACAACAGAGAGUGUCCUAAGGACAGACAGCACAGCAGAACAGAUCAAGACCAAACGGACCCUGAGCUCUGGAACACGCCGAUGGAAGUACAGGGAGAGCUGGAGGAGGAGGAGCUGGAGCCGAGCCACUUGAGAGUGCAGCAGAAAUACCAGAUCAUCAGGCUGUCCUGACUCAAGUGAAAAUUAACUUUAAAAACACUGUGUUUGUAUCAGUGACUGUAUCAUAUGGAUAAACUACUUUUUUUUUUGCUUUUAUAUUUCAUCACUGUUGUCUUUUUAAUCAAAAUAUAAGAUAAAUCAACA